AUGUUCUGUGAAUUUUCUUUCUUCUACCUCCAGAUCACAGGUCCCGAUAAUAAAGGCAUUUAUAAAGGAGAUCGAGAGUCCAGUGGGAAGUACACGUUUGCUGCACACAUGGAUGGAACAUACAAGUUUUGUUUCAGUAAUAGGAUGUCUACCAUGACUCCAAAGAUAGUGAUGUUCACCAUCGAUAUAGGAGAGGCUCCCAAAGGACAAGACAUGGAGACAGAGGCUCACCAGAACAAGCUAGAAGAAAUGAUUAAUGAGCUGGCUGUGGCGAUGACAGCUGUAAAGCAUGAACAGGAGUACAUGGAAGUCCGGGAAAGGAUACACAGAGCCAUAAACGAUAACACAAACAGCAGAGUGGUCCUCUGGUCCUUCUUUGAAGCUCUCGUUCUAGUUGCCAUGACACUGGGACAGAUCUACUACCUGAAGAGAUUUUUUGAGGUCCGGAGGGUUGUUUAAAGGCCUUUUCCUGGUGAUCCAACUCAAUUCACUUGUUUACCAACACCUUGGUCAUAAUAAUGUCAUUAUUUUCUACAUUUUCAUUUUUUGAUCUGUACAUUUGCAGCUUAUGUUCCUUUCUGAUUAAUAGGUAUUGGGGGAGGGAAUCUUUAGGCAGUUAUAGCAGAAAUUUGGCAUUUGAUUGGCUUAUUUGAAAGCUGCCUCUUGUCCUUUCAAAACUCAAACACUGUAAAUGAAAUACAGGAGCACAGUCUUUCUAUCUUUGCUUUGGUUUUCGAAAUGAGAUGUAGAUUGUUGCGGUCCCACACAGCCUGGCAGUCCUUCAUUGGAAUGACUGCACUGGUGAGAUGCCCUCAGCCUCUGCUUCACGUCAGGAGAGCGCAAUCAUAACGAGUCACUGUGUGAAGCAGCACCACUGAGUCUCGGCAUUUUCUGCCCAGCCUCAUGCUACCAGGAUGGAUACUUGCAUACUUUUUCUUGUGUUUUAGUUAAAUAUGAUAAACAUUUCCCCCUUUAUGUUUUCCCCUUGAAUCUUUGGACUGAAUCACCUCCACUAAAGUUGACAGCAGUUAAAAACCAUUCUUUGGUUUCUGCCUAACCUUAAAGUCUCGAUUACAGCUGGUUCUCUGGGUUUCUAGGUAAACGCCAUCUGCCCUUCCUGUACUGGCACUUCCCUUUCUCCACUCUGGGCACAUAGAAAGUAGGCAUUUAUGUAAUUGGAAAAAUCUGGAUUUCUGAUGUCAAAAGGUUAAAGACUCUUGGGUUUUCUUGCAGUGAUACUCAGCCACUAUUUUAUUUUUGUCAGUGGUCUUUAGAGCCACUAACCAGGGCACUGAACAUCAGUGUCAGCACUAGGGGUUUUGUCUGGUUUCUCCUGGGUUGUCUUGUUCUUUUCUUUUCUUUCUUUUUUUUUUUUUUGGCACAUGUGAGUUUUGUUUUAUGUAAACAAAGACUUUCUCUUGGUCUCUGAUGAUGGUUUGAAAUUGAAAGGAGCAUCUGCUUUUGGUGUGGAGCCAGCAUCCAGGAUUAUGUUGGGACUGAUGUAUAUUAGUUACUUGUACAUUGUUUUUUUUGAUCUUUGCAAGGGGAAUACAAGUAACAAGUUUUAUAUAAUUAAUUUAAAUUUGUUACAGGUUUUCAUGUUUAGGACAAUUUUUCAACCUUGGGUGAAUAUACUUGCAACAGUUUAUUGAUAAGGUGACUGUUUCAUCUUAGCACAGCUGUUGCAUGGGUUUUUCUUUUUGUGUGUGUGAAAACACUUCAAAAUUGAAUUAAAAGUUGUAAAUUGGUUGUGUAUCUAAUAUGCCCCAGGUUCAGUAAAUAAACAAAUUCUUUUUAAAACAG